CGGCAUGAUCACUUCACUAACAAUUGAUCUGUCUCCGUCAUUUCCUCUGUUUCCUCUGCCCUAAUCACUCUUCUUCUCUCCCAAAAGUUUCCCCUUCAGUUAACUGAGAUCAUGGCCUCAAUUGAGGUUGCUGCAGCUACUGCACCACUGGCCGAGAAUGAGGCCCCGGCUGCUGAGGUGGCAGAGACCAAGGAGCCUGCGGCAGCUGAAGAGGUGGCAGCACCAGUAGCUCCAACAGCUGAGCCUGAGGCAGCCGUCGAAGAGCCCAAGGAAGACUUCGCCACCAAGGCUCCCGUAGCCGAGGCAGGUGAGCCUGAGGCCACCCCAGUAGAAGUAGAAGCAGAAGCCAAAGCUCCAGCAGAAGUCCAGAUGAAGGAAGUUGUGGAGGAGACUAAAGUAGAGACCGAGGAGGCUGCUGCAGUGCAAGAGGCGCAAGAGGAAGUGAAGACAGAGGAAGCUGCCACGGCGCAGGAGGCCAAGGAAGAGGCUGUUGAGAGUGCGCCGGCAGCAGCAGAGGAGGCAAUUCCAGCUGAGGAGGACAAGAAGCCAGCUGCUGAGGAAAAGCCACAAGAGGCCGCUGCCCCAGAAAUUGCCGCAGAGAAAUCUGAGAAGUAGAAAGACCUUACUUACAUGAUCAUCUUGGAGUGAGGAAAGAACAGACUUACACCUGCUUGAAAGCCAUGCUUUGGAUGAUGAUUUUAAUUUAGUGAUAUCCGAGAGGUUGAGGUUUCGUUACGGUGGUAUGGUGGGUUUAACUAAGAGUAUGUUAUCUGAUCUUAUUUUAAACAUCAUAUGAUAUGAUCAAU